UGUUGUUUGGUUAGUUAGUGCCCAAUAUAAUUUCUCACAUAUCUUUCAAAAUCCCAAAUUCUCCCUUUAUUACUUGUAUUUCACUCCAAAAAAGAAAAGAAAAAAAUGAUGGGCAGUAAUUUUACACAAAAAAGCCCAACUACUGAGGAAGAGGCCCUUUCUAUGGCCAUGUGCUUGGCUACUAGCCAUGUACCAUCUAUGGCCUUCAAAGCUGUGCUUGAGUUGAACAUUAUUGACAUCAUCAAUGAUGUGGGCCCAGAGGCCCAACUUUCUCCGGCGGAGAUCGCCGCCCAAUUAGCCACCGCGAACCCUGAUGCCGCGGUGGUGUUAGACCGUUUGCUCCGCCUCUUGGCUAACUUUACUAUCCUCACUUUCUCUUACCGUGAUGGGCCUAGUGGUCAGCCCGAAAGGGUCUAUGGGCUUGGGCCUGUUUGCCAGUUCUUGGCUAAGAAUGGUGGUGGAAGUUCGUAUACUGCUUUUGCCAACUUCAUGUACGAUAAGGUUAUGAUGGAUUCUUGGUGGGUUGAACAUGUUGGAGGAGACAUGUAUGUCAGUGUCCCAAAGGGUGACGCUAUCUUCAUGAAGUGGACCUUUUUUACAGGAAAUGAUGAAAAAUGUAUUAAAUUGCUGAAGAAUUGCCAUGAAGCUUUACCAGAAGAUGGUAAAGUAAUAAUUUGUGAGCAUGUUGUAUCGGAUGAACUUGAUCAAACCACUUAUCAAGCUCAUACGGGCUUCAUUUUCGACGCGAUCAUGUUAACCUUCCCCGGCGGUAGAACAAGGACCAAACACGAGUACGAGGCCUUGGGGAAACAAGCUGGAUUCGAAACGUUUCGUUUCGUUUGUUUUGCUUGUGAUACUUGGGUCAUGGAAUUCCUGAAAAUGCCAGUAUGACUUUUUAUUAAUGAAUUCAAGUAUAAGUUGACGAUUUAAUAAAAAUAAAUACGUCGCAAACAUUGCACGUUUGUGUUGUACACUUGUGCCUUUUUUCUUAGAAGUUGACAACUUUGUGUGAUAAGAAUGUAAUAACUUUGUACAAUUGAAGCAAUCUUGCAUCAAAAAUAGUUGGAAUAUUAUUGUUGUAUUCCUUUU